CCAUCUAGGCUGCUUCUACGCUGUGGCUGUGGUGAAGGCUGCAGCUAUGAACAAACAGGUGCCUGUGUCAGUGUCCGCGGGAUAAAUCGGAUUACUAACUAAUGGCAGGGGCUCCAUCCCAGACACACAAGCCAGAGGGUCAGAACCCGAGACCACCGAGUUCCGAGCCGGUCCAGGAGGGACCCAGAGCCCCGGGAGUCCUCUAGUACAAACCCGAGUGCGCACAACCCCGCGGGCGCCCGCGCCCCGCGCAGACCACACGGCUUCCACCGCGCCGCCAUGCCUUCCGCCACCACCAGGAGAUCUCGCGAGAACCCACGCGGCCGGGACUUGCCCCGGCGCGGCCCCCAUCGGAGCUCCGGGCUCUCGCAGUUUGUCACCGCCUCUUCCUUCCGGUUCCUUUCACUUCCGGGGUGGCCCAGGUUCCGCUGGUUCCGUCACAACAUCCCGUUGGCUCGGCUCCGGCGGCGGGACCGCUGCAGCCGCCGCCUCCCGGGAGCGCCGAGGCCGCCAUGGCCACCAACCCGCAGCCGCAGCCGCCGCCGCCCGCGCCGCCGCCGCCCCCGCCGCAGCCGCAGCCGCAGCCCCCGCCGCCGCCUCCGGGACCGGGGGGCGGGCCGGGCGCGGGGGCCGGCGCCGGGGACCCGCAGCUCGUGGCCAUGAUCGUCAACCACCUCAAGAGCCAGGGGCUGUUCGACCAGUUCCGCCGGGAUUGCCUGGCCGACGUGGACACCAAGCCUGCCUAUCAGAACCUAAGACAACGUGUUGACAACUUUGUUGCAAACCACUUAGCAACUCAUACCUGGAGUCCUCACCUCAACAAGAACCAGCUCAGAAACAACAUUAGGCAACAAGUGCUCAAAUCAGGAAUGUUGGAGUCUGGUAUCGACCGAAUCAUUUCUCAGGUGGUGGAUCCGAAGAUCAACCACACGUUCCGACCUCAGGUGGAGAAGGCCGUGCAUGAGUUUCUGGCCACGCUCAGCCACAAAGAAGACGUGAGCAGCAGCGCAGCUCCCGACGAGGAGAAGCCAGACUCCUCCGUCGUUACGCCAGGCGUCCCUGCUCCAGGACCCAGUGCUAAUGUCGCCAAUGAUGCCAUGUCAAUAUUGGAAACCAUAACUUCUCUUAACCAAGAAGCUAGUGCUGCCAGAGCUUCAACAGAAACAUCCAAUGCAAGGAGCAGUGAGAGAGUGUCCAAAAAAACCCCAUCUCAAGCAAAUACAGAUUGUGGUACUGAGAAAGAAAAAGCGGCAGAGGACGUGGCUGAUAAAGAAAACUCUACACCCGAUGGUGUGGGGGAUGCACAGGAAGUAGCCCCGAAGUCUGAAGACAGUAACGAUCUCCCCUGUCCAGCUGAAGAAACUAAAAACCACACCCGAGAGACUGACAACUCAGUUCUGCUAAAUAAGGACACUCAACAGGAAAGCAGUGACCAGAAAAACAAAUCAAUAGACAAAGCUGAAAAGAAGCCGGAUGGCAGUGAGAAAGGAGAAAGAAAGAAGGAAAAAAAGGAGAAGCCGGAAAAAAAAAUCGAGCACUCCAAAAGAAGUGAAGACGUACAAAAAGUAAAAGAUGAAAAACAAGCGAAGGAAAAGGAAGUUGAGUGCUCAAAACUUGCCUCCGAAAAAAACAGCAAUAAGACUAAAGCCACCGAGGGCACGAAAGAAGAUUGCUCAGUGCUUGAUUCUGAUGUGGAUGGACUUACGGACAUCACAGUUAGCUCUGUCCAUACCAGUGACCUUUCAUCUUUUGAAGAGGACACCGAGGAGGAAGUAGUAAUGUCUGAUAGCAUGGAAGAAGGAGAGAUCACAUCAGAUGAUGAAGAGAAGAGCAAGCAGAGCAAACCAAAAGCCCAGGCCAGCGACACCGGUGAGGGGAAAGCCAAGAGUGUGCGGCAAGCCUACGUUCACAAGCCUUACCUCUACUCCAAGUACUACAGCGACUCUGACGACGAGCUGACCGUGGAGCAGCGGCGGCAGUCAAUCGCCAAAGAAAAAGAAGAGAGGCUCUUAAGAAGGCAAAUCAACAGAGAGAAACUUGAAGAAAAAAGAAAGCAGAAAGCAGAAAAGACCAAGUCUUCAAAGGCUAAGAACCAAGGCAAAAACAGUGUGGACUUAGAAGAGUUGUCAGCAAAGAAUUUGGAACCUAAAGCCCCAAGAAUUAAAGAAGUCCUAAAAGAACGGAAAGUUUUAGAGAAAAAAGUGGCCCUAAGCAUAAAAAGGAAAAAAGACUCAAGGAAUACUGAGGAGAAUUCUAAAAAGAAGCAGCAUUCCGAAGAAGACUCCAAAGAGAUCCUCAAAACAAGUGAGCAUUGUGAAAAAGAAAAGAUGUCUUCUUCAAAGGACUCGAAGCACGUUCAUGCAAAAACGGAAGCCAGUAAACCUACACGGAGACUUUCAGAGUCUCUGCACUCAGCUGAUGAAAACAAAAACGAAGCUAAGGUGGAAAGAGAGCAUAAGAGACGGACAUCCACCCCCCUUGUGGUGGAAGAGGUCCAGGAAGAGACGGACUCAAGAGACGGGAAAAGGCAAGCAGAACGCACAGAAACCGUCCAGGAAGAACUCCAGAAACAGAAGAGCACAGUGAAAAACGAGAAGCAUCUCAAGAAAGAUGACUCUGAAGCGCCCCCUUCGAAAAGCAUGCCUAAGAAAGAGACGAAGUCCUCCAAGGAGAAACCUGAGAAAGACAAGACACAGUCCGAGGACAAACUGACUGUGAAACAUAAACAUAAAGGUGACGGCACGCACAAAACCGGAGACGAGGCUGAGCCCCACUCUUCGGAGAAAGGCUCAAAGCUGGAGGAAAGCAUUCAGAAGUCAGGUCAUCAGACUAAGACCUCUUCAGAUGACAAAGCCGAUCGCAAAAGUAAACACCGAAAUGAUAGAAAACUGUCCAUUUUAGGCAAAGAUGGGAAGCCAGUUUCUGAAUACCUGAUAAAGUCAGAGGAGAAUGCUCGGAAAGAAAACAAGAGAGAGAGACACACAUCAACGGACAAAAAUAAGGCAGAACACAAAUCAAGACGAUCAAGUGACUCUAAAAUCCAGAAGGACUCUCUGAGUUCCAAGCAGCACGGUAUCAUGUUACCGAGGAGAAGUGAAAGCUACUCAGAAGACAGGUGUGAUACAGACUCAGCUAACUUGGACAGCGGUUCAAAACCAGAAGAUACUGUCCACAAGGAGAAGAGAAGGACAAAGAGCUUGCUGGAAGAGAAGCUGACAUUAAAGACUAAAUCUAAAAGUCAAGGCAAGCAGUUAAAAGUGGAAGCAGAAUCCCAAGAAAGUGUCACGAGGCAGCCAGCCACUUCAAAACCAGAUAAAGAGAAGAACUCAGAAGAGGACCCAGACCCAGAGAGGCAGCGAAAAUCCAAAGUUGAGGACAAGCCUGAGGAAGCUGGGACUGAGCCUGUACAGGAGGGUGCUGCGACUUCAACGCAUGGUGCACAGAAGGACUCCGGUCACAGAGCUAAGUUGCCGCUGACAAAGGAGAAGUGUAAGGGUGACAAGGACUCAGGUGCCUCCAGACUGGAGAGGAAGUUAUCAGAUGGACACCGAAGCAGAAGCUUGAAACACAGCAGUAAAGACUUGAAAAAGAAAGAAGAAACUAAACCAGACGACAGAGAUGGCAAAGAAGUUGACGGUAACCACGAAAAGGCGAAAGGGACUAGUUCUGUCUUGGAAAAGAAAUUAAGCAGAAAGCCAGGUGAAAACCGAAGAGGAAGUUUAUCACAAGACACAGCCAAAGGAGAAGAAAAAGCCACAGUCAACACUUCCGGCACACCUACGAGUUCCUCCCUUCAGAGACCCAAGAAAAGCGAUGCCACAUUGAUCCCAGAGCAAGAACCGAUGGAAGUUGAUCCAGUGCCAGCUGCUGAAAAUGUAUCUGAAAGAUCUAAAACCUCAGACAAUGGUGAUCAUGGUCCUCAGACAGGCACAGACAGUGAAAAUACAGCAAGACCAAAAGCGACUGCCUCAGUCCUGAAGGAUGAAUCAAAAAGCACAGCGGACACAAAAGCAAUAGCUCCGGCUCCCAAGUUGGGGCGAGGAGUAGGAGUCAGUAAUUCCGAAAAGCACGCCGACCACAAAAGCGCCCUGACCAAGAAGGCGGCGCAUGUUCAGAGCGCCGCAUGCAGACCAGACCCUGGAGAGAAAGAACCCCUUCAGCCCGGAGCUCACGAUGCCAGUGUCAACUCAGAAAUGAGUCCUAGAAUGCCUCCUCAGACCCCGUCAGAAAAUGAGAGGCCACAGAAGUAUUUGAAAAGCACAGCCAGACCCCCUGAAGAGCAUCUGGCCCAAGCAGAUGCUGCUCUCCGACACCCCACAAACACGGACCCCUCCCCAUCCUUACGCACGGCGGACGCUGCACCUCAGCCGCAGUCUCAAGCUGCAGAUGGACUGUCACCCAGUGGCAGAAGCACCGUACUAGAAGGUGGCGCCGCCAGCACGUCACAUAGGAACACCAACACCCCCAACCAGAGUUCCACAACUAGAGAGUCAGAAGUUCCUAGGACAAGCGACAACGUAGAAGGGGGUCCUGUCCCCACGGUCAACACACCAGCAGGCAUGCACAGCAAAAGACACGUUCCAGAAGGAUGCCAGGCCACGGCACCACACAGCAAGCCAGGAAAAGCCAGGGUGCCUCUUGGCAGUCAGUUAACAGCCACGGCCAUAGAAAACAAGAGCGUUCACCAACAAGACACAUUGGCGGACACAGCCGAGAAAGAAAGCGGCGUAAGUGCAGAGCCCGCUCCAAAGCAGACAGUCAGGGCUGCAGUAGAAAACGGAAGGAAGGAUGGCGUGGCUGUUGAUGGCAUGGGAGAGACGACUACAGAAAAAGGUGCUGAGACUCUUGAGUGUACACAUAGUCACGGUCCAGGCAAAGUAGAAGAUAAAUCCGUAGAGGCUCAAGGAAGGAAUGAAAACAGCGAGGUAGACACCAGUGCCGGAAGCAACAGCCCAUCCUCUCUCUUAGACCAGAGGAACGGAGACACAGAAAAUGUGACCACUGGGUCCGGCGGAUCUGAGAAGUCUCUUAUCGCCACUAGUACUGAGGGGAAAGUCAAGGGCGUUGCGUUAGUUCCAGUAAAGGCAGGAGCUGCCACCACCACUUCAGAGAGUGCAGGUGAGGUGGCUGGGCCUUGCACAAGCAUCGAGGCCGACGAAGGUGUCACGGCAGGCACAAGCCCCAGAGACAAGCCCCUGCUCGUCGGCACAGGACCCAGCAGAUGCACGGUUUUUGCUGCCGCUGAAGAAGGUGGGGGCAUCGUCACAGAAGGAUUUGCUGAAAGUGAGACCUUCCUGACAAGCACCAAGGAGGGAGACGGCGGAGAGUGCACCACAGCCGCAUCUGGAGAGAGAGCCGCAGAGCCAGCAGCUGCCCACGUGGCCGCAGCUGUAGGCAACGUCAACAGCGCGGUGACGGAAGAGAAGGAUGAUGCCGUGACCAGUGCGGGCUCCGAGGAAAAAUGCGACGACAGCCCUUCAAGCGGAGACUCUGAGAUGACAGAAGGAGCCAUGACUUCCGUCGGUGAGGUGGAAAGCGACGGAGCGGUGACAAGCGCUGGGACAGAAAUAAGAGAGGGCUCUGUGAGCAGCGAAGAGUUGAAUGGGUUCCAGCACGCUCAGGCGAGAAUGGGCCCCAAGAAAGAGACUGAGGGGGCGGUGACGUGCACAGGAGCAGAAGGGAGAGGCGGCAGCUUUGUGAUGUGCUCGGGGACCGGCGUAGGGCCCCUGGAGCAGCGCGUGGUGACGGGUGCAGCCGCGGCCCUGGUAGGUGCCGAGACGCCCCCCGGAACAAGUGCCCCCCAAGAGGGAGACGGCUCCGUGAAUGACGGCACGGAGGGCGAGAGUGCCGUCACCAGCACGGGCAUAACAGAAGAUGACGGCGAGGGGCCGGCCAGCUGCUCGGGGCCGGAAGAGGGCAGCGAAGGUUUUGCCGUAAGUUCCGAGUCAGAGGAGAACGGAGAGAGCGCAAUGGACAGCACCGUCGCCAAAGAAGCCUCCAGUGUGCCCGUAGUUGCCGCCGGUCCUUGUGAUGAUGAAGGCAUCGUGACCAGCACCGGUGCCAAAGAGGAAGAUGAGGAAGACGAGGGUGUGGUGACCAGCACGGGCCGGGGGAAUGAAAUCGGGCACGCUUCAACUUGCACGGGGACAGAGGGCGAGGGCGAGGGCGAGGGGGUAGCAGUUUGCGAGAGUGCGGAGGAAGGGGUCGGUCAGCUCGGGACCGCAGAAGGGCACCUGGAAGCAGAAGCCGGAGGGGCCGUCACAAACACAAAUGACAGUAACGUCGACAGCAUGAGCAGCACAGAGAAGAUUAAAGAUGGGGAGAUCUGUUCCAGCGCCAAAGGGCUUGUAGAAAGCAGUGUGACCAGUGCCGUUUCUGGAAAGGGGGAAGGGGCACGUGUUCCUGAGGGGUUCCAGGGCCCGAUGGCAAGUGCAGGUUUAGAUCAGAGUGACGGUCAAGUCACCAGGCAAGAGGACAACGCAGAGGAGGCCACGAUUUCCACGGGUCUCGUGGGGGGCAGCUACGAUGUCCUCGUAUCUGGUGCCACCCCAGCAUAUGAGGCCCCUCACACAUCACCCAGUGGAAAAGAAGACGAAGGUGUCAUCACCUCUGGGGAAAACCCAGAAUGCAACGGCCUCUCGGCAACUACAGCCAGUGACAGCGCUGCCAACCACGCUGGUCUCGCGGGGGGCGAGAGGCAAGGCAAAGGCCUAAUGAUCUCUACCAGCACAGGAAGGGACUGCCCCACUCCGUUGAGCAAACUGGCGGCCGCAGAAGAAGGCCAUUCCAGUACUCCGAGGACUGAGGAGGGCGCAGAGGGUGCCAGGAGUGGGGAAGAAUUUGAGGCCCCCACGCCCAGUGCGGCAUCGGGGGUCGAGAGCCAACCAACGGCUACGGGAAGUGAGGAGAAAGACGAGUGCACCAUGAUCUCCACAAGCAUCGGAGAAGAGUUCGAAGUGCCUAUUUCCAGCGCGACCACCACCAUCGGUGCCCCUAGUCGGCUGCCGUGUGCAUCAGCUGACACAAGGGGAGAAGGUCCAGCCCUGGUCAGCACAGAGGACUUUGAGGGGCCUAUGCCCAGUGCCCCCACCCACGUGGAAAGCCCUCUGGCCUCCACUAGCAAGGAGGAGAAGGAUGAGUGUGCCCUCAUCUCCACCAGCAUCGCAGAAGAAUGUGAGGCCUCCGUCUCCCUCCUGGAAGAGAAAGACGGGAGUGCCGUCAUCUCGACUAGCUCGGUGGAAGACUGCGAGGGCCCCGUGUCCAGCGCCGCCCCGCCUGCUGUCCAUCUGUCCCUCGGGACAGCGGAAGAGCUGAGCGACACUGCCAUGAUUUCCACCAGCACCUCCGAGGGAUGUGAGGCGCUCAUGGUGGGUGCCACGCCACAGGACGAGGAUCAGCCCUCUGUCAGCCGACUGGAGGACCCAGGCGAUGCCGCCAUCAUCUCCACCAGCACGGCUGAGUGUGUGCCGGCGGGCGCCGGCCUGGACAGGCACGAGGAGAAUGACCCAGGAGGAAGAGAAGAGCCCACCACCGCCGGAAAGGAGACCGGGCUCCAGGUGCCUGUGCCCAGCCCGAUGGCAGAGGACAGCUGUCAGCACCCUGGGCCGCUCACAUCUGCGGUGACCAUGAGCGCCCAGGACGGGCGUGGCAGGGCCUCCAUCAGCAUGCUCUCUGCUGUGUGUAUCCAAGAAAAAGAGAAAGCUGGCAAGGAACCCCGCAGCGAAAGCGCAUCGCACCCCCCAGAUGCAGUAAAGGGUAGCUCCUUGGACUGUGUGCAGAGAGAAGGCACAGGCCCUGAGAGACGGCCAGCAGGGGAGGGCUCCUCGGCCAGCUGUUCGACUGGGCAGAGCUUCAGCCACAACACCGACUCCCCUGUGGGUCCCAGAGGCCCAGGGCAGACAUCCCAGCAGACAACCAAGGCUGCUUCAGUCAGUGUGAGCUGUGAGACAGCACUAAACACCAGUGCUAAAAAAGCCAGUGACAAGCCACAGAGCAGAGACACAGCCAACGAGCAUCCCUCACCCCCUCCCCAGCGGAGCCCAGGGGGCCCCCAGAACGCCACCACUGAGCCUGCCUGUGCUCAGGUGUCGGAAAUUGUCCCUUCCCACGCAGCGGUCCCUUCAGCCGCCGGCAGCCAAACUCUCUCGGCUCCUGAGUGUGAGCAGGACUGGACAGGGAAGCGAGAGCACAGUGGCUGUGGCACAGGGACCGUUCAGACACCCAUGGGGCAAACAGGAGAGGGCCUGACGGAGUCGCUCCAGGGUGAAGGAGGGCUCCAGGUCACAGUUGCCUCUGAAGGAAGUUUGUGUAACAUAGGCAAUGAAGAAGAGUCUCCAUCGAGUGUUUCAGGAAGAUCAGAACAGAAAACCAGCUUGACCUCUGAGGUAUGUGUACCAUCAGAGAAAGAGAAAAAACUCACAGUUCUCACACCAUCAGAAAGUCCCUGUGGUAAAGUGCAGAGUGGACCAGAGACAUCCUAUGGCAGAAAAGACAGCACAGAAGCGAUUGGAGACCACAGUGUUGAAGCAAAAUCUAAAAAGAUGGAAGAGGAAGAAAAGCAUAUUCCCAGAAGAAAAAGAAAGAGACAGCAUCCCUCUUCAGAAGAUGAGCUGGAUGAUAACCCAGAUGUCCUAGAUUCCAAAAUAGAAACAGCACAGAGGCAAUGUUCUGAAACAGAGCCACAAGACACAAAGGAAAAGAGCUCUGUAGACCUGGAAGACGUAGUGUCUAAAGAAAGUCCCAAGACUAACAGCAUUAUUCAGGGAGCCACAGAAGGGCAAGAUGAACAGAGCAGAAGCGAUGCUGCCGGUGAAAAGACAGAACAAAGUGAUGAUGGCACCGUAAAGUCGCAAGAGGAAGAUCAGCCAGUAAUUGUUAAAAGGAGAAGAGGAAGACCUCGAAAAUACCCCUUAGAAGCCACAGUGAAAGCAAAAGAAGACUGCAAGCCCGACACUGGAGCUGUCACUGCAGAAGAGUCUUCACCUGGCAGCAGACCAAAAGCAGCACACACAGAUGAGUCCAGUAAAGAAACAGCUAACCUACAAGAGAAAGCUAUAAGCAAUGAUGAUGAAGAGAAAACAGUAGCAAGCAUACGUAGAAGGGGACGGAAGCCCAAGCGUCCACUCACUUUAUCAGAUGACACUGAAUCCUCAGAACCUGAGAGAAAACGCCAGAAACCCUUAUGUGAAGCGGCUGAAGACAAGAAGGACCCGGAGUCUGAGGAGGAGGAAGAGGAGGAGGAGGAGGAGGAGGAGGAGCCCCUGGGCGCUACCACUCGGUCCACUACCAGAUCUGAGGCCCAGAGAAAGCAUCAUAGCGAGCCAUCUACACGUGCAGCCUCCAAACUUGGCAACCCAGAAAAGGUUUCUCCUAGAAAUCGCCAAAAAUUAGCAAAAGAGAAGUUCUCUGCCAGCGAAAAAGUUAGUAAAUCUCCCCCAUUAGGAAGGUCAAAGGCACAGCUCCCCCCGCCAACCAAGCGCAAGAGAGAAGCCAGCCCACCCGGGGCACGCACCCGAGGUCAGCAGAGGGGGGAGGAGACACCGGCCAAGAAAGCAAAGCGGUAACGUGGCCCCAGCAGCACCCAGUGGCCGUGGGGGCCGAGCUGGGGGGCAUCACCAGGCGGAGGCCGUGCUCACCUGAGGCCUUUGGCUCAGGCUCUCCCUGUUGUUUCCAGCAGCUGUACAAACUCUUGUUCAGAGAAGAUACUAUGUACAUUUAAUUCAGAUGAAGGUCAAUACGUUUACUUUGUAUCUGAACUCCAAGCAAAGUAGUUGUAUAUUUUAACAUUGGAAAGGGAGGGUUCCCCCACCCACCCACCCAAGGUGGUCCUGCCCUGCCCUGCCCUGCCCUGCCCUGCCCUGCCCUGCCCUGCCCUGCCCUGCCCAGCCCUACGGGACACGGGCCCGCCUACCGCUAAUCUGUGUACAGAAUAUAAACAUGUAAAAAUAGGUUGUAUUUUACUCGAUGUAUGAUGCUAAUCAAUGAACACUUUAUUUAUUUUACAGAGAAAACUUAUCUGUGAACUUUGCUAUAUAUCUGCUUAUUUGGUUUUUUUGUUUUUUAAUAAAAGGGGGGAGGGGUAAAUGUUAUGCAGUCACUAGUAGAAAUGUUUUAGGAGCUGGCCUGCCCUGUAACUGUCUGUAUAGGACCCUGCAGGAAACGCAGAAGCUUCUGGCUUAGCUCCAUAACGGGUCUCCAUGGCUUUUCUGUUCACAGUUGUGGCUCCAUUCUUGGGUUUGUUUUGACCUCGCAUUUGUGACUCCUCCCCAACCCCGCUGGCAUUCGGGUUCUAGUUCUGCUGAAAUCAGAGCCCUCACCUGAGCAAAAGUGCAUCUGUGGGUGUUCAUUCCUGCCCUGAGCCACUCCCGGAGCCACCACCACCACCACCCCCUCCUGCCCGGCCUGGCUUUUCGCAAUGAAGAGAAGUAACAGUGAGGAUCACGUUACUCCUACCUGCGGAGGUCCAGGAUCCCAUGUUGUCUCAGACACAAUGAUUUCAAAAUAGAAGCUGGCUUGUAGCCAGAUUCUUUUUAAAACAUGUUUUAACUCCCAUAUGAGGAAACUGUCCAACUUAAGUUUUUCAUAAGAUUCAACUCUUCUUAAGAUCAAUUUUUGUCUCUAGCAAUGAUGUGAUGAGUUGCCAAAUAAUUUGCAAUUAUUUUAAAGUGUUUUGUUCAUAUCCUUUAUAAUUAAAAUAUACAUUCAA